AUGGCGGAAGUCGAACAAAAGGACACAAGCUCAUCCAUGGAUGUCAAAGAGAACCAUGCUCCUGAAGUCGUCGUUGGUGACAGUAGUCGUAUCGAUCCUGAAGUGGCCAAAUAUGCAGCUGAUGUUGUUGAAAUUGACGAUGCUACCAAUCAACGUAUUAAAUGGAAGCUCUAUCGCCGAGUACUCCCAAUCAUGGUUGUCACCUACUUUUUGCAGGCCUUGGAUAAAGGCACCUUAUCAUUUUCUUCCAUCAUGAAUCUUCCAGAAGACGUCGGUCUUGUUGGUCAACAGUAUUCUUGGUUGACAACAUGCAUUUACAUUGCCGUUUUGAUUGUCGAAUACCCACUCAAUUGGAUCAUCCAACGUGUCCCCAUUGCAAAGUUUCUCGCAUUCAAUGUAUGUGCAUGGAGCGCAGUAUUAGCGUGUCAUGCAGCCUGCCACAACUUUGUCGGCUUGCUGGUUUGCCGUACCUUGUUGGGUAUCUUUGAAGCAAGUUGCCAACCAACAUUGGUGGUAUUAUCAGCCAUGUGGUUCAAGCGUGAAGAACAAACUAUGAUCGUCACCUUUUGGUACAUGAUGAACGGCUUCCAACAGAUUGUCGGCGGUGUACUUGCAUAUGCCUUUACCCAUAUCACAAGUGGUCCCUUGAAAAGCUGGCAGGCUCUCUUUUUGACAUACGGCUGUUUCUCAUUCCUUUGGGGCCUUGUUGUCUUUUUCUUUUUACCCGACAGCCCAAUGCGUGCCAAGUGUUACUCUGAAGAAGAUAAAAAACUCAUGGUCGAAAGGUUGCGAUCCAACCAAACAGGCCUUCAAAACAAGACCUUUCGAAAGGAGCAGAUGUAUGAAGGAUUAUUCAAAGAUCCUCAAAUUUGGGCUUAUGGGCUUAUUACAUUUCUCACAGCUCUUCCAACAUCGGGCCUCGGUGCGUUUGCCAAUAUCAUCAUUUCGGGUUUUGGAUUCAGUGUGCUUGAUACUCAAUUGUUGGCCAUGGUACUCGGUGCGUACAUUAUGUUUUGCCUCUUGUCAUCCAGCUAUAUCACGAGAAAAUGGGGCCAAACGGUGCUAGUCAUGAUUGCUUAUGCCAUCCCAGCUAUUCCUGCAACAGUGGUCUUAAUGGCAGUGGAAAACACCACAUUGGCAACCAAAGCCGGGUUGCUUUUCUGCUAUUACCUUGCAUUAAGCUUUUGGGCAACCUCCACGCUUGCUAUUUCACUCAUUACCCGGAAUGUAGGCGGUCAAACAAAAAAGACAGUUGCUGUUGCAGUCAACUUUGUCUUUUGGGCAGCUGGUAAUGCCAUAGGCCCCCAAGUCUUCCAAGCAAAAGACGCUCCUCGUUAUCAUACCGGAUUUGCUGUACAUUUGGUAUGCUAUGCAAUUCUAUUAGUGGUUCUUGGUCUUCUCCGAUGGCACUUGAUCCGUCAAAACAAGAAAAAGGCACGCUUCCUAGCGGAGAAAAAGGAUGCCAUUGAUAAUGAAGGUAUCCAUGCCUUUGAUGAUCUCACUGACAAGGAGAAUCCCAAUUUCGUUUAUGUGUACUAG